AUGAAGAUCUUUAUCUCUUCUCUACUGCUUCUUGGCAGUGCCUUAGCCAAGCCCCUUCCAAAUUUCUUUCAAGCCAAGACACUCGAUGAGAUUCGCAAAGCCAGUCAAUCCGAGAAAACCAUUGAGGACGUCCUCCGCGGGCGUCGGAAUCUAAAAAAUCGUCGACUCGAGACGUCCACGCACAUCCUUGCAGAUCGAUUUGGGGGCACUCCUGGAUUCUACCAUUCUGUUGCUUCAGGAGACCCAUUGGAGGAUGCUGUCGUCAUUUGGACUCGCUACACCCCCGUCACUAUGGAUGAAGAAAUCACCCUCGAAUUCCGAAUGGCUGCAGUGGAUGCAGAUUUGGAGUCUGAUGCCCACUUGGAUCCAGCUAUGAACUCUGCCAUUAAGCGUGGAUUGGUUACUGUGACAAAAGAAACAGACUUUAUCGCCAAGAUUGAUAUCACCGGGCUUGAAUCUAAUACUCACUAUGUCUACGCCUUUCUGACAGCAGAGGAAAAUCCGGUCAUUUCGGAUGUCGGUUUGACAAGAACGGCUCCAAGUUCUGUGGACGAUGCCGAAUCUUUGACUUAUGCUUUUUUUAGCUGCUCUCAUUUCUCAAACGGUUUCUUUCAUGCCUAUGACAUUGCUUCAUCUGUUGAAGACAUUGAUCUUGCAAUCUUCGUUGGCGACUAUUAUUACGAGUAUGGAAACUUCGAUACCUAUGCCAGAGAGGCUUCUGCUUUGCGCGACGACAAAGUCCUUCCUAUUUGGGAAGUCAUUGACCUUCAAGACUAUCGUAACCGACACUCCACUUACCUUGCUUAUGACGAAGGUCUGCGUAAUCUUCGUCGCCGUGUCCCAAUCAUGGCUUUUUGGGAUGAUCAUGAAACCGCCAACGACUCGUACGGUACAGCAGACAUUAUCGGUGCUAUGAAUCACCAACCGGUUUGUUCGGCCAAUGCAACAUCUACAAACGAAGAAAAGAGUGCAGCAGAAUGCGAUAGAGAUGAAGGUGAUGCUGUGGCUCGAUUCGAAGCUGCAGCCCAAGCCUACAUGGAAUGGCUCCCACUUCGGUAUGCUGCGGGCAGCAUGGGUCAGUUGAACAUUGGAAGUAUCACAAAAGUCAUUGAAUGGGGUGAAUUGGCCACUAUCGUGGGUGUGGAUACUCGAGUGAGCUAUCGUACUUCGGCUGGUGGUACCGCUUUUGAUAAUCCAAGUUAUGGGUUUGUUGCAUUCAAUGAAACCAAUGUGACGGCGUAUUCCGACCCCUCGACAUUCGCUUAUGAGAUUCUCCAGGGGGCUAUAUCUCAAGAUCUGGCGGAGCGAAACAUGGGGAACCGUAGCAUUAUUGGUGAAUCCAUUAGUGUUCUCGAGACGGCCUUUGAGCGAAGCAAGGCAGAAGGAAAACCCUGGCAGAUCUGGGCUGGCAAUACCAUGAUGGGUCACUAUGUCCUUCCCGAUCCUGCUAAACUUUAUUUGGACGCUCCCGAAGCCUUCCAAUCAGCACUCAAGGAUCUGUGGGAUUUUAUCCUUCCUUCUGAAGAUGGUCUCAUUCCAAGAAUUGUGUCUGCGCUGGCCCAAGCCGAUUUGGAGUGGAACUUGGAUGACUAUUCCGGUUUCCACAAUGAACGCAUGAAGAUCGUUGACCUUGCGCAGACAAAGACCAACAAUAUGAUUGUCCUUGGAGGCGACUUGCACGAUGGUUUUGCAUGGCAAGUACCAAGCAGUGGUCUGAGCGAGGGCGAACCAGUUUUUGUCAACUUGGGAUGCGCCUCGGUCACAUCCCCAGGGUUUGGACCAAACUUCUUUCCUUUCUUUGCUUCGAUUCAGGAAGCCAUUGGGGGCAAGGGAGCAGUCGUUGACAUUCUUGAAAAGGCUUUCCUUCGUCAAAAUCCAAACCUGAAAUUAGUCAACUUGGACCUGAAAGGACCCACUAUCGUCACCGUGACAGGAACUACUCACACGGCUGAGUAUUUCGGAGUGACAGAUGAGGAUCGCCUGAGUGAUUAUCCUGAUGCCCGAAAAGAUUCAAUGACCGCAAAUCCUAUUUGCAAGGGAAGAGUCGUGACAAGGGCAGAUGAACCAGGUUCGUUGGCCGCCUUUGAGGACUGUUCGACGACUGUAUUUGCCACUGAACGCCCGGCUGUAUACAACUUGCCUGUCCCUGCAAGUAAUACGGAAGAUUUGAGUGCUCUAUCUGGCUGCGGAUACAUUGGAUGCAGUUUUGAUGCGUCGACCGUUGUCACUGAUGCUCCUAGUGCCGCCAUGGAGGCAACGGAUGCUCCAAACACUAGUACGACGAUCUCUCCAGUUGCCCCAGCUGAUCCCACUGCUGCGCCCAAUGCUGCCGCCGGUUCGAGCGCUGCUGCGUGGUCGGAGUAUUCAUUCAUUAGUGCUUUGAUGUCAUUUCUUUGUGUCGUGAGCGUCAUGUAA